UCUCCUUAAAUUCGCCAGUAGUCAUUGGCGAAAGCUCUCACAGCAAAGAUGGAAACAAACGCUGCCGGCCCAGCUGAUGAACGCAACAUUGAAAUAAAAGCACGCGUUGGUUCUGAUGAAGAAUUUGCAAGACGUGUUGAAAUUGCUAAAAAACUCACCCAAUCCGAAGGAGAAACCAUUGUCCAGCGCGAUGUGUUCUUUAAUUCGCAAAGUGGACGAUUGAAAUUACGUUAUCUUCAAGCACCGGCUAAAUCACAGCUGGUUUACUAUGACCGGCCGGAUGUGGCGGGUCCAAAAUUGUCCAAAUUCAAUAAAAUCGAAGUAGACGAACCAGAAGUGCUGGAGAAAAUCCUCACAUUAAGCAAUGGCGCCAAGGGUAUAGUGGCGAAAACACGUUACCUCUUCAUGUACGAACGUACCCGCAUUCAUUUGGAUCGAGUCGAGAAUUUGGGUAAUUUUAUGGAAUUCGAAGUUUGUCUUUUGCCCGAACAAACAAUUGAAGAGGGCCAAGCUGUGGCGGAUAAAUUAAUUAAAGAGUUUGGCAUACAAGAAGCUGAUCUUAUGACCGGAGCUUAUUUCGAUGAAUUGAAACCUUAAGUGGAUGUGAAAUGUUUCAGGAUUUUAUUUAUGUUAGGGUAUUUAUUUGUUUAUAUUCAAAAUAAAUAAAAAGUGUCAUGGCGAUGUCGUUCAGUGUAAAACCCAA